AUUCCAUUGGCGUCAGGGGCUCGAUCUCCCCGAAGAGGGCGUCCGCACCAUUCCACCGACGACGCCGGCGGCGAACGGCGGACUGCGGCCUCGACACCUCCACCUCUCUCUCUCUCUCUCUCUCUCUCUCUCUCUCUCUCUCUCUCUCUCUCUCUCUUUCUGUCUCUAGAGUGCAUGAUGUUACCUAUUAGAGUCACAAUUCGACGCCCAUAAACGAAGGUUUUUGGGGGGUUUAUGCCAUAGGAUCGAGCGGCGCGCUCUUACCUCCCCUUCUGAGCUCCAAAGUUGAAAGAAAGAAAGAAAAAUAAAAAGCCCCAUUGUUUUCGAGAUCCAGGCGACGAUGAUGGAGAUGCUGGAGCAGUGGAAGGCGAUUCUAAAGAUCCAGAAGUUUCGGAGGGUGGCAUCGUAUGCCGGCUUCUACUGCUUCGUCUCCCUCAUUAGCUACGCCUACACCAGCAACACGACGAGAGCUGGGAUGUCGAGGGCGGACCAGUUCUACGCCUCCUACCCGGCCGGCACCGAGCUGCUCGCCGAUACCGCAAAGCUCUACAAGGCGGCACUUGGUAAUUGCUUCGAGGAAGAGGAAUGGGGACCGAUCGAGUUUUCCAUCAUGGCAAAGCAUUUCGAGCGGCAAGGCAAAUCUCCAUAUGCAUACCAUGCGCAAUAUAUGGCACACCUUCUUUCUCAUGGACAACUUGAUGGCAGCGGCUAAUGGUGAGAUAAGUACCUGCCCAAACAGCAUAUUCAAGUGCUCUGUCUACUGCAGCUAAGAAAUAUUUUGGACCUCUAGGACAUCAGUGAAGGUAGCGAAAUUCCAGUCAAUUAUAUAAACACAAAAUCAUAUAGUUAAGCAGCAUUGAGUGAUUAAAGGAUAGGAACUCCUAUUGUGAAUCAAUUUUUGUAUCGCAAAGCAAUAUUUUGGAUUAUACAUUAUCAACUUUACUUUUCAGACAUUUUAAUAGUAUGGCUGGAUGGAGAUGUAUCUAAAUUGUUGCAGGACCUACUUUGUGUUUAUGCAUAUUAUCUAGAAGUCCUUUGUUUACAUGUUAA